UCCAGAGCCGCUCGGUGCGCUGUCCACUUCAGCACCACGAGCCGAGCGGAGGACGAGGCUCCGCAUCUGCACCAGCACCGACCUCGGACCCGGACCUGGACCUGGACCCGGACCCGGAUCCGAACCAGGUACACCGGAGACCCCGAUACCCGGAUCUACCAGAGCCGAGCCGAGCCGAGCCGAGCUGACGGACCGCAGCAAAGGAAUCAUGUACGAUGAGGCGAGGGUCCCGUCCCCUAAAGACGGCGCCAACGGGGUGACACAGGAAGUCCCUGGUCCCGCCGCCGCCGGACCCGGAGCCCCGCCCUCUACCGCCGUCCUCCAGGCGAAAGCCGAAGAUGGACAGCCAGGUGCGGAGGAAGAGGAACCGUCAGCAGAACCCAUCCUGGUGAAGAAACCCCACAGGGAGAUCCUGGACCACGAGAGGAAGAGGAGGGUGGAGCUGAAAUGUAUGGAGCUGCAGGAGAUGAUGGAGGAGCAGGGAUACACAGAGGAGGAGAUUCGACAGAAAGUCAGUACCUUCAGACAGAUGCUGAUGGACAAAGAGGGUGUCAUCACCAGAGAAGGGUCCCACCCACAGCCCAUGGUUAACCACCUGCACUACCAGCCCGACCAGUACGAAGACGACCCUGAACUGGUUGGAUACCAAGAUGGAGACUACAACCACCAUUAUCAUGACGACGACAGACUGAAGAGGAAAUCAAGCAGCUCUCCAUCCCCUCGUCCAAAGAAAAGGAAGAAGAAGAAAUCUGGACGCAGACGGAGUCGGUUUGACAGCUCUUCGCCCACUCGCAGAGAGAAGAAGAAGAAGAGUGGGAAGAAACACAAGCGCGACAGAUCUACAUCCGGAUCCAGGAAAAAAAGAAGAUACAGGUCAGGAAGCCCAAAGAACAAACACAAGGACAAGAACAAACAGAAGAAAAGGUCUCCUGGUGAAACGCCGGGCAGGAGUUCCCAACGCCAGGGCAGCUGCUGCAGCUCCCGCAGUGCCUCGCUGUCAUCAACCCGCAGCGCCUCCAGGUCUCCCACCAGACUGAACUCCAAGCUCAAGACGGACGAGCCCAAGGCGUCGAGCGCGUCGCUGUCGCCCCGCCCCAACAGCCCGCCCACCUGGCACAACGGCGACCACACCCAGCGGAGCCGCAACGGCCGCGCCCCCCCCAGACUCAACCACGCCGGCGACAAGGGCAACGAUAAGCUCCGCCCCCUGACUGCCGGUUCUGCUCUGCUGAGAGAGCACAAGCUCCACAGCGCCCCCAGCAGGAGCCAAGCGGCGCUGGCAUUCGCGGCGGCAGAGGCUGGGAGCGUGGAAGGCAGGACCGCCGCUGCUGCCGCCACCGCCGUUGGGGGGUCAGCAGCCCAGACAUCGGCUAGGAGGGGGGGCCAGAGAGGCGCCAAUAAGACCUCCCACUCCCCCGGUCACAGCAGCGACUCCACCCACUCCCAGCAUAACCACGCCCACAAGGGGAGGAGCUCCCGCCACCAGAGAAAGGCAAAAGGCAGCCACUCGUCGAAGCGCCACCACCGCUCCGGUCGAGGCCCCGCCCACCACCACAGCCAGUCACCGUCUCCGGGACGACACCUGUCAGGCAGGAAGAAGGAGGAGUCCCGGAGCAAACAGAACCUGAGGCAGCGCAGCAGCUCGUGGAGCAGCGGCCGCUCAUCGUCACGCUCCGCCUCCCGAGACCGAGGCCCGAGCAAAGUCAAGUCCCCGCACAACCGCCAGAAUGCCUCCAGAGAGAGGGACAGUCCGAACCGCUCCGACACUGACAGCAGAGCUCGCCGCCGCUCACGGAGCUUCUCGCCCAUUCGCAAACGGAGAAGAGAUUCACCCAGUUUCAUGGAGGCUCGAAGGAUCACCAGUGCCCGGAAGCGGCCCAUCCCAUACUACCGGCCCAGCCCUUCGUCCUCCAGCUACGACAGCAGCCCGUCGCGGUCCAGCCGCAGCCGUAGCUACAGCAGCUACAGCAGGAGCCGGAGCCACAGCCGGAGCCACAACCGGAGCCACAGCCGGAGCCACAGCCGAAGCCGGAGCUGGAGCCGGAGCCAGAGCCGGAGCUGGAGCCGGAGUCGCAGCCGGAGCCGGAGCCACCACACCUACUACAGCCGCAGCAGCUACGACAGCCCCGGGUUCUGAGCCGCAGAACGCAGCGGAACGCCGGGCACUCUGGAACCCGGGGCCUCUUCCAGCUAAAAACACAACGUCUUUCUAUAGCAGAGCCUGGAUCAAAGAGGAGACGUGUAUUGAUAACGCACAUUGAUGUGAUUGGC